GCAUUCCAACUCUUCUUUAAAAACGUUAAAAUGCAUACACCGUCGGUCUCCAGAAUCUCUCUCUCUCUCUCUCUCUCUCUCUCUCCAACCAUAGGUGACGCCUCGUGCCUUUCGCUUCUAUCUCAAAGAAUCUUAAACAGUAUUACUGCUAAAAGCUAAAGCUUAAAAUAUUUUAGUCUAUUUGGAAAAUAAUUGAAGAAAAAUCGUAGUCAUGGGAGUAGAAGAAGAGGGCUUUAGAGGUUGGCCGCCGGCGCCAAGUCGCGCGCCUUCGUACCUACAGAAAGAUGACCACUGGACCCAUUUUGAUAACUCGGUGAAUGCAGUUUCUUUUGGGUUUGUUGCUACUGCCAUUCUCAUCUCUAUGUUUCUUGUCAUGGCUAUCUUUGAGAAGUUCCUCAGAACCAACUCGCAGACUCUAACGCCGUCUGGUGGCCCCCGCCGCCACACUGACAUCGAGUCUCAGAACAACAUAAUUGGUGGGUUCAAUUCAAAGAUUGAGCACCCUUCAUCUAAAGUAUCUGUUAAUGCCAGAGAAGUUUCAGUGCUGAUGCCGGGAGAUAACGUUCCAACUUUUAUUGCACAACCAGCUCCUGUGAUCUGUCCCACGGAGGGCAUGCAUUCGCCUUCCCCAUUAGCAUAUUCGUCUAUUGAUGCCUAGUUUCUCCAACUUACUCGUGCCAUCAAGCUCUAAACAUCAGGAGUUGACUGCUUGCUUGUGUGGAUGAAUCAGAAAGCAUACUCAUUAGAGUAUUGAUAGUCAACUUGAGCAGAAAUCACUCAUUUGUAUGGGUGCAAAAUCAAGUUUUUGGAAUGAGGCCUUUUUUUUCGACUAGGCCUUUUAGCGUGUUCUGUAUUUAGGUAGCCAUUAUCGUUUUUAUGCUUUAGUUUAUAUAAAAAGUUAUAUAAUUUUCUUGUAUGCUUUGGUACAUAGAUAGUUUGGGCUCGAUGAUUCACAGUUCUGUAAUUUGCGUCUUGAAACUUACCUAA